CCGUCCGUCCGUCCGCCGCCAUGCAGAAGCCGCGCGAUGGCCGCGAAGAGCUCCCGGAGGAUUUCUACAUUCCGAUGGCGCUGGAGACGCCCAACGUGACGGCGCUGAGCCCUUUCCUGGUGCCCCAAACCCACCUGGGCAGCCCCGGGCUCUUCAAGGCCAUGGCGGCCUUCAUGUUCCUCCUCAUCGCCCUCGGCGUCCCCAUCAACGCCCUCACCAUCUUCUGCACCGCAAAGUACAAGAAGCUGCGCUCCCACCUCAACUAUAUUUUGGUCAACUUGGCCGUCGCCAACCUCGUGGUCAUCUGCGUGGGCUCCACCACCGCCUUCUACAGCUUCUCCCGCAUGUACUUCGCCCUCGGGCCCACGGCCUGCAAGGUCGAGGGCUUCGCCGCCACCCUGGGAGGCAUGGUCAGCCUUUGGUCCUUGGCGGUGGUGGCCUUCGAGCGGUUCUUGGUCAUCUGCAAACCGUUGGGGAACUUCACCUUCCGGGGCAGCCACGCUCUGCUGGGCUGCGCCGUCACCUGGGCCUUCGGGCUGGUGGCCGCGCUGCCACCGCUCUUCGGAUGGAGCAGGUACAUCCCCGAGGGCCUCCAGUGCUCCUGCGGCCCCGAUUGGUACACGACCAACAACAAAUGGAACAACGAGUCCUACGUCCUCUUCCUCUUCGGCUUCUGCUUCGGGGUCCCCCUCUCCAUCAUCGUCUUCUCCUACGGACGACUCCUCCUCACCCUGAGAGCGGUGGCGAAGCAGCAGGAGCAGUCGGCCACGACGCAGAAGGCGGAGCGGGAGGUGACCAAGAUGGUGGUGGUGAUGGUGUUGGGGUUCCUGGUGUGUUGGGCGCCGUACUCGGCCUUCGCCCUCUGGGUGGUGACGCACCGCGGGGCGCCCUUCGAGGUGGGUUUGGCCUCGGUGCCCUCCGUCUUCUCCAAAGCCUCCACCGUCUACAACCCCAUCAUCUACGUCUUCAUGAACAAACAGUUCCGUUCGUCGCUGCUGCGGUUGCUGUUCUGCGGGCGCAGUCCCUUCGGCGAUGACGACGACGUCUCGGGCUCCUCGCAGGCCACGCAGGUGUCCUCCGUCUCCUCCGGCCAAGUGGCGCCCGCCUAACGCUGCCCCACGGCGCUGCCCCAUAGCGCUGAC